GUAUACUUUGCUGCGGUCUGAGAGGAGCUUGUCACUCUAUCCAGCCAUUCCCAUCACCUCUGAAGCGCUUCUUCGGUCCGUGAUCAGGGACCCAGUAUUCUUGAAGGAAAAGGUAAAAGUGGAUGUGUUGAGGCGAUGUCUUAGCUUUCCGCAAUGCGGUGAGACCCGCAGGUGUGGUAUAGCCGAUUGAAGGACGCCGACGCAUGCAAGAGAGGCCGUUGCGCCCAAUAACAGGUUAAUUAAUCGCAAGCUUGUAUGCGGCGAAGCUUUGUAGCACCUUCUCAAUUGACCAGGGCUUGCAGCGGUUGCGGGACCACCAUGCCUUGCAUAUCGCCUCGAACUCACGACCCAACAGGACUUAUACCCCCUUGGUAGCAUUAUCCUUCGCCUCGUAACGUAUUUUUGUCUCUGAGAGAUCCAGCGUUCCUGUCGAUUGUUCUUCGUUACGCCAGAGCCGCAUUCAAAAUGGCACCAGCAACAAUUCCAGUUACCCUGGCUACGAUAUUUCCCUCCUUAGCUCUCGCUGCGGUGCUGGCGAGGUUUAUAGCCAGGCGCAAGAAGAAGAUGCCGCUCAAACUUGACGAUUGGGUAGCUGUGGCUGCGCUGAUGGUAUGCAUUGCGAAUGGCAUCACCUUGCUCGUUGGAGCAACACACGGAAACGUUGGGAAACAGAUGCCACUCGAUUCGCAUGGCGCACCGAUUUUGACAGGGAAAUACCGGAUCUUCAAAAAGUGUGUCUACGCCAUGGAGAUCUUAACCACAGUAGCUAUCGCGAUUGCACGUUUUUCCAUCCUCCUCUUCUACCAUCGAAUUUUCAUAGGCCGACUUUUCGAAGCCUGGGUGUGGGCACUAUACUUCCUCAACGGAGCAUGGGGCAUCGCGUACACCGUGGUCUUCAUCUUCCCCUGCAACCCGAUCCACAGUUUCUGGGAAUAUGCUCAGGGACCCACGGUCCAACAUUGCGUUCCGACCCACAUAUACGAGGUCUACGCUAUUGCUUCGAUUGUCAUCGACGUGUUGAUGCUCAUCAUCCCGUGGCCGCAGGUGCUGGGGAUGAUGAUGUCCAAGCGCGAGAAAGCGGCCGUACUAAGCAUCUUCGGGCUCGGAACCUUCGUCAUAGGCGUGGCAAUUGCAAAGGCGCACGAAUUCUUCAACGUUGUCGAUAUUUUGAAGAACGGGCACUAUUUAAGCUACGAUGAAGUAGCGGCGCUAUAUUACUCGCUGCUCGAAUCUUGCGUUGCAGUUGUCUGCGCAUGA